UUAUUGUUGAUUUAGAGCUCUACAGGAAUCUUUCUAUCAAAAAAUGUCUCGUUCGCGGGAGAUUUUAAUUUAGACGAUGAAAAUUAGAUCGACUUCUGUUACGUAACUUAUGGUACAGAAAAGCGAGAGGAAGGGGCGGGAUCUUUUUACAGUACAGUUAUGAAUUCAACUUCUAAUAAAUCGAAACCAUCAAAAAAAACAGGCGGGAUCAUUUUAGCUUAUUGUACUGUAGCCUACAGAGCUGUGUUGACCCGCAUGGUAGUUAGUUAUUGAUAAGGACAAAUGAAAGGCGCACUGCGUUUCUAUUUGAGUAGCCUGUAUAUGUGUAGUCCAGCGAGAGCCAGUUGAUUAAUGCUAUCUUACCGCAGCUUGUGUCUACUGUGAUAAUUUUUUACUUGGAAAAUGGCAGAAUUUUUGCAAAGAUUCAGUAUUUUAAAAAGUGGUUGGCGACUACUUGGAAAACUUGAUUCGUUUCCAACAUCACGGAAGUACAGCAAUCAGGUCUACAAGUCUUUUGGACUAUUGUUUGACAUUGAUGGGGUGCUGGUGAGGGGUAGGACGCCUAUCCCUGCUGCCAAACAGUGCUUCAGGAACCUGGUAGACCGGGAUGGAAAGUACAAGGUUCCUGUGGUGUUUGUGACCAAUGCAGGAAACUGUAUGAGGCAGGCCAAGGCUGAGCAACUAUCACACCUGCUGGAAGUUGAGGUGUCCCCAGACCAGGUGAUGCUGUCCCACAGUCCUCUGCGUAUGUUCAGCCAGUUCCACAACAUGUGUGUGCUGGUGUCAGGACAGGGCCAAGUCGUAGAGGUGGCUCACAAGCUAGGGUUCCAGAACGUUGUGACCGUUGAUAUGCUGAGAGAGGCGUAUCCUUUGCUUGAUGUGGUGGAUCAUAAUAGGAGACCGAAAUACAAUGUUCCAUCGACUAAAUAUCUACCACCUAUAGAUGCAAUCAUUCUGUUUGGUGAGCCAGUCAGAUGGGAGACUAACCUCCAGCUGAUUAUUGACGUCCUCCUAACCAAUGGGCAACCAGGGAGUACUGUGACAUCGCUGAAAUACCCUCACAUACCAGUGCUGGCCUGUAAUAUGGACCUCUUGUGGAUGGCAGAGGCGAAAAAUCCUCGAUUUGGCCAUGGCAUGUUUCUAGUGUGCCUGCAAAGUCUGUAUAAGAAGAUCACAGGCUGUGAGCUGAAGUAUGAGGCUCUGAUAGGGAAGCCCAGCAUGGUGACGUAUAAUUACGCAGAGCUGCUUGUGAAACAGCAGGCUGACAGCCUGGGCUGGACCCAGCCCGUGAAGCGGCUCUACGCCAUCGGUGACAACCCCAUGUCAGACAUCUAUGGUGCCAACCUCUAUAACCGCUACCUCCAGGCCACGAGGCGGGCCAGGGCACAGCUGCAGGCCCACCAGGGGUGCGGAGGAGGAGAGUCCCAGGGGGAGGCACUGGAGGACAGCCCCGGCAUGACCUCCACAGAGCUGGGCGGGGGUUCUGGUGUGUAUGCGGUGAAAGAGAACCAGCCCGAGGCUUGUGUCUCUAUCUUGGUAUGUACGGGCGUGUACAGCCAGGACGAGCAGGAGCUGCCCCCAGACCCCCACCACACUGUCACAGAGCACCGCAUCUUUCACGGCCACAGGGACUUCCGUUUCGACCCCAGCCUGACCCAGCCGUCCUUCUUGGUGCAGGAUGUCAGGGAGGCAGUGGGGCUGGUGUUCCAGAAGGAGGGCUUUCCCCUGGAGUAGAACCUGUCUGACCCCCCCUUCACACACCUCAAUCUCCGUCCUGCUGAGUCACCUUCUUAUUCUCACUGCUGCUGUGUAUUGAUAAUCAGUACAACAUACUGUCAGGGACUUAGGAUAGGAUAGGACAGGUGUACUUAAAACAAACAAUAUGUUUGCCUCUCAACAAGAAAGUUAGCACAGUUACCAUACUUUUAACUCCUAUCCUGCCAUACAUAUCUGUAAUAAGUGCCUAGAGACUGCAAGACGUCCGCUUGAAAUCUGCUAAAUCUAUAUGUCAUUAUUGUGAUUGACAAUUGAUUAUUGUCAAUUAUGUGAUACCCCAAUGAAGUACACUACACCAAUAGUAAGUCUUUUCUGGGGGGUUUUAUAUGUAAUUUAACUGCAUCAUUGGGACCUCAUAUAUUCUCUCUGGUUGUUGGGAGGAACUGUGAACAGACUGUGAUUUAGCUACUACUCAGAAGAGGAAUCUACACCCAACAAACAGUUCAUGUCAUGAUGACUACUUAUUUGAGACUUGGGUUGAGACUUCCUUAACUCUCUCCCUCAGCCUAUGCACUGAACUGAAACAUUUCUGUCCACUCUGUCCAUGUCCUUGUUCCACAGAUCACCUAGCAAAGAAGAACAACUGAACAACAUAACUUCCACAGACUUUUGUCAAGCUGCCACUGAGAUUUGUCACUUUCAUUACUGUAAAGUGUCUUGAUUUUUAAAGAAAGUUACAGUAUGUGGUUUUUGUGAACUAUUUUAUUACGAUUAUUGGUCAAUAUUAUCAAACC